AUGGCGACGUCUUCGAUGUCAUCGUUGACGUCUUCAUACCACACAACAGCGCUGCCUUCCUCCAACUCAGUGGUACCUCCAUUCGACGCCAGAAACCUGGAAAUCAAAACCAAAUCGAUCGAGCAAACGCUCAUUCCACUCGUCACUCAGAUUACCACACUCGUCAACUACAAAGAAUCAUAUCUGACAAGCGGGAAACCAAAAUCGGAAAGAGCGAUGAGAGCAGCAUUAAAGAUUGGUAGUGCAGUAGAAGCGGCGAUCGAAAGAUUUGUCUGUGUUGGAGAAACGAUAGCAGAUGAGAAUUCGGACAUUCAACCGGAAAUGUAUGACGCGUGUACCGAAGCCCGUCUUGCUGGAGCUUCGAUGGCUAACCUGUCCUGUGCAUGCACUGAUGAUCCAAAUUCCGUUGUUGAUAAGGCUGUUUUGGUGAGAGCAAGCAGACAGCUACUCAGCAGUGUUACCAGAGUUCUUCUACUGGCGGAUCGUGUCUUGGUCAAGCAGGUUUUGAGAGCUGAGGAUAAGAUCGCCUUCUCCUUAUCAAGACUGGAAUCGACUAGAUCCUUCAAUGAUUUUGUCAAGGUUUUUGCUGUUUUCGGUGGAGAAAUGGUGGAAUUGGCUCAUAGGAGUGGUGAUCGCCAACACGAUUUGAAAAGCGAAAAAAGAAAAGCACAAAUGUCAAUUGCCAGAACUGCUCUUGAAAGACUGACAAUGCUACUUUUGACUUCUUCUAAGACAUAUCUGAGACAUCCAGACUGUGAUUCUGCACUUCAAUGUAGAGAUGGUGUUUUCUAUCAAAUGAAGUUAUCAUUAGAUUUGAUCGCAAUUUGUGUUUGUGAUGGAAUUUUGACGACGGAAAAGAAUCGAUACAUUCAAGAUGAACCCGAUAUGCCAAUCGAUAUUGCAUUGCAACUGACAGCUAAUGCGGCAAUCAAACAACUUACUGAAAUGCUGGAAAUGAUUCGAAUGACAGUACGAGUUGGUGCUGGAGUCCGAGAAAGAAUAGUAUCUGCUCUAGAUGCUCUCUGCCAGUUGACCCAAGAUUUCACGGAUUCAGCCUAUACUCCACAUCAUCAAAGAGAACAGAUUCUGGAUUUCCUGGAAGAAUGUAGAUUUGAAAUGACAAAUCUUAUUCAACCAGAUGAAAAUGAACAAUUAGCAGCUAGUGGAUUAGAAGUGACCGUGGAGAGAUUGAAUAGAAGAUUAAAGGAUUUAAGUAAACAAUUACAAAUAGUUGCCAUGGAACAGAUAUCAGAAGUUCUGCGAGCAAAUGAAGAUCAAGUUCUUCUCUCCUCCAUGAAAGCAUGUGCUGUAUCGGGUGAUAUUGAUGGAGUCGAAAAGUAUAUGCACAAAUUUAGAGAACAUGCAGAUCAUAUGCAGGAGGUUUGCCGACUUCUGCAUCACAUUUCCAUCACUGAUGCUCUGCAUGUUCACACUGGCCACGUAGAGAGGAAUAUGAGAGCAUUGGCUCCCUUGACCAUUCUUGCUGGAAGAACUCUUUGCGUACAUCCAUCUUCUAGGAUAGCCAGAGAAAAUCUAGAAGUUUUCUGUGACACUUGGGGACAAGCGGUCAACGAUCUAUCCCGAGUGGCAAAAGAAUCGGACGUAGCUGCGAACGGACGAGUGGCUGCUGAAAAACAAGCAUACAUGUCGCUUCCAAGACCAGGGGUGAGUGGUGUAAAUAGUCAAGCUUCUUCGGUUUGCCGUCGGAUAAAGCAUGCUGGCAAUUCUUCUGAUUCUUCUUCAAAUGAACUUUUACCAAACGGAGGAAGACGUCCAAAACAGGUUGGAAUGGGACCAACACGAGUUGUCAGUCAAACGGGCGAUGAAGAAAGCAGUGACGAUGAAAGAACGGAUAAACAAGAAAUCGAGGCAUUCCAGUACCGAAUCAGUUUGAUUAUUGACGAUUUACAGAGUGAUAAACAUGGAACAACUCAGAAACCAUCAAAGCCAAUAACUUUGGAUGUUGAAGACCAACAAAAGAUGGCUAAAGUGGGACUAGAGAUGAAAUUAUUGACUUCGGAAGUAGAUGCAGAGGCUGAAAAAUGGGAUGAAUAUGCUGAGAAUGAUAUAGUAAAACGAGCAAAAUCAAUGUCUUCUAUGGCAUAUAACAUGUACCUAUUUACACGUGGAGAUGGUCCUUUGAAGACAACUCAUGAUCUAUUCACUCAAGCGGAGUUUUUUGCGGAACAAGCGAAUCAAAUGUAUCGAACUGUUCGGGAAUUCUCAUACGAAGUGCCUGGAUCUGCUGAAAAAUCUGAUCUAUCGGCGAUUCUGGAGAGGAUCCCGUUGCAUUGUCAGCAGUUGCAAGUGAUGGUCAAGAGUCCAACAGUUGGAAAAACAGCAACAUUUGGAAAAGUGGAUUCUGUGAUUCAAGAGACAAAGAAUUUGAUGAAUGAAAUUGCAAAACUAGUCACAGCGUCUUUCGUUUGCGCUACGAAGAUGUUCCAGGAUUCACAACAGGGUACGAAAUCGAGUUUCGCGGAGGUUCUGUCAAUGGGAGGACGGGUGCCGACGGUGAAAGGACUAGUCGCGAAUCGACUAAUCAAGAAUUUUAGGUUUGGCGCAGGACACCAAGUAUCCGACGAGCUGCGCCGCCGCCCUCUUCGCACCUUUCCGCCAACAACUCAUCAAGCAUACACCUUUAGGUUGCUGAAAAGUGUACCAACGGCGGCUGAAGAUCUAAGAGUUGGCUAUAUUAUAACUUGCGUAUUCAAGGAAAUUGGGAAAAAUGUGACAAAAAGUAUGAAAGCCAAUCAUUAG